AUGAUGUGGUGGAGAGAGAAAAAAUAUCACCUCGAUUCGAUCUCAAUGUUCAAACUAUUAAUAAGUAUCGUUAUUUUAGCAACAGCAAUAAGAGCAGAUGAUAAACAAAAAAAAAUAAUAAUUGAGAAAAAUGAAGACAAGUUUAAAGAAAGAUAUGUGCAAAUAGUGUUGGUAAUACUUGGCCGGGAUAAUGAGUGGGAGAAAGGUCGUGCAGCUGAUGAUACUAGUGCGGCUGCACCUAAACUCGCCUUGUGCCGGGGAGAAUUACAGUAG